CAAUUUUCGCUUAGUGAGUAUGUUGCCGCAGAUCGGCUUACAGCAUUUCCUUGCGAAAUGUGGUUUAAAAUCUCUUUGCUAGUGUGCUGUACUGGCAGAAUUAGUGGAGUGUUGUACCCCAUUAGGAGCAAUUUCAGGGAAGCUGUUAGCUACUCUCCGCCGGAGGACGAAGUGACUUUUCACUUGUAUCACCGAAGCAACUUUUCAAAAGAUGACCAGCUCUUCAUCGGCGAUAUUGGAUCGAUCUUGAAUUCUCGAUUUAAUCCGGAUUUAUCUACCAAGAUUAUCAUUCACGGAUGGACUCACGGGAGAGAUGUGCCAUGGGUGGUGGAGAUGAGGGAAGCUAUGGCCGAACUGGACUUAUGGAACAUUAUUGUGGUGGAUUGGGCCCCCUUGUCCCACGCCAUUUACACCGAAGCUCGCAUCCACACCGGUGUCGUCAGUCGUCAGUUAACCUCCUUUUGCAUCUUCAUGGCGCAAUCAACCGGCAUCAGGAUGUCAUCAGUUCACAUGAUAGGCCACAGUAUGGGAGCCCAAAUCGCUGCAUCUGCAGGCUACAAACUCCAACUCGUCCUAAAUCAAACUCUGGCCAGAAUUUCAGGACUAGACCCUGCGGCCCCUUUGUACGAAUGGCCUCAUGUCGAGUCCCUUGAUGAAAUUCUGGACCCGGGGGACGCUUCCUUCGUGGACGUCAUCCACACGAACGGGAGACACCUCGGGACCAUUUUUCCGUCGGGGCACGUCGAUUAUUACCCAAACGGCGGCCAACACCAGCCCGGAUGCGGCUUUUGGGUCUGCAGCCACAUGCGGUCAUGCGAAUUCUGGACGGCUUCCGUAAAGAAACCUGAUUUAUUCAAGGCAUAUUCGUUCCAGUCCUGGGAUGAAUAUUUAGCAGGAAACACAGAUGGACUGAUCGCAGUCCCGAUGGGAAUUGCAGCCAAUCCGAGUAUACCUUACGGUUCAUAUUUUCUCGAAACCACUGACGAGGAGAGGGCUUACCUCAACACCACCACUACAAUUCUUGACAGCUUCAGAAAGAGGAAGAAAAGACAGAGGAGAUAAAAUGAAUUGCUUGCUUAUCCUAUAUCUGUCACGGUUUUUUAUUUAUUUAGUGAUUUGUAUUUUCUCAUUUUUGUUACCCAAUAAAGUAAUUAA